AUGACUACAAAAGGCUACUUCGCAGGCAUCCGCCGCAGCUCCACAGAGCCGAUCUCAAAGCCACCCCGACGAAUAUCAGUGGCAUCCGGUGCAAAUGCAAUACCAGAAGCGUCCUCCCCGCGACGCAACAGCCACAACGUGCACUUCCGCGAGAAGGACACAACAACAACCCAAGAGGAUGACACGGUCGUGAUCGCAGUCAUGGGCGUCACGGGCUCCGGGAAGAGUUCCUUGAUAUCUCUUCUCGCGGAUCAGCCGGUGGGCAUUGGGCAUAACCUGCAGUCUCAUACAACCCACAUAGACAUGUUCAGCUUCUCCCACCCCGACACCAACCGCACCGUCAUCCUCCUCGACACCCCCGGCUUCGACGACACCGAGCGCUCCGACACGGACAUCCUCAAGGAGAUCUCGUGCUUCCUGGCCAUGAUCCACGAGAAGCGGUGGCGGCUCGUCGGCAUCGUGUAUCUGCACCGCAUCACGGAUCCCCGACUGGGCGGCUCGGCGAUGAAGAACCUGCACAUGUUCGAGAAGCUGUGCGGCAGCGGCAGCUUUCCGGGCGUCGUAUUGGUGACCAACAUGUGGGGGGAUCUGGAGCCGACAGAAGCUGGCAGGGCGCUCGGGGAGCGGCGACAGGCGCAACUGAAGGGCCAGUUCUGGAAGACGAUAAUCGCGCAGGGGGGCAAUGUGAUGCAGCAUGAUGGGUCGAGGGAGAGUGCGGCGGCGAUUGUGUCGUCGCUGGUGAGGCGCAAUGAGGAGGUGGUGUUGCAUAUCGUGCGGGAGCUGGUCGAGGAGCGGAAGACGCUGGAUGAGACGGAUGCCGGGCAGUAUGUCCAGGCCGAGCUCUUGAAGAUCAAGAAGAAGUAUGAUCGCGAGAUCGCCGAUCUUCAGGAGAGUAUGGAGGAGGCCAUGGAGGCCAGGGACGAGGAAACGGCCCGCGCCAUCAAGAGGGAGAGGGAGGCGGCCAAGGCGAAGGUGGCGCAGAAAGCGCGCGAGUCGAAGGGCCUCCGCAUCUCCAUGCAGCAGCUCGUGCAGGAGAAGAUGGCCGAGUAUGAUGCUCGUGCCACGGAGCCGGAUAACCAGGAAGCGGUCCAGGGCCGUAUCGCGGAGCUGUUCGAGGAGUUCAAGUCUGAAAUGCGCGAGGAGAUGCGCGAAGAGUUGGAGUCGGAGAUGCGGGACAUCAAGGAAAGACUGGCGAGGAUCGAAACCGGCCCGACUGAGAAAGCUGAGCAGCGCGUGGAACAGCGAGAGGAAGAACAGCCAAAGGAAGAGAACAAGGCGGGCGGACUCAUGGGAUGGUUCUCCCGACCUCUCACUGGGUUCAGCCGAGCCUGA